AUGGGUAACAUGGACGGAAAAGCUGUAGAGGACCUGAGUACUACAGAAAUUCAUCAGUGGUACAAAAAGUUCAUGACUGAAUGCCCUUCUGGACAAUUAACUCUUCAUGAAUUUAAACAGUUCUUUGGUCUCAAAAAUCUGAGUCCUGCAUCAACAGCAUAUGUAGAACAAAUGUUUUCUGUGUUUGACAUGAAUAAGGAUGGCUAUAUUGACUUCAUGGAGUAUGUGGCAGCACUGAGUCUGGUCUUGAAAGGGAAAGUGGAGCAGAAGCUGAGAUGGUACUUUAAGCUGUAUGAUGUUGAUGGAAAUGGAUGCAUUGACAGGGGAGAAUUAUUAAAUAUCAUCAAGGCCAUCAGAGCUAUCAGUGGAAGCAAGGAUGCAACAUCAGCUGAGGAUUUCACAAACAUGAUCUUUGAUAAGAUUGAUCUGAAUGGAGAUGGUGAACUGUCUCUUGAAGAGUUUAUGAACGGUGUUCAGAAGGAUGACCUUUUACUUGAGAUACUUACUAGAAGUCUUGAUCUUUCAGAUGUGGUUCGAAUGAUUCAGAAUGAUGGGAAGCUUCCAGAAACAUCUACAUCUGAUGGAGAUAAAGGCCAAGUAAAUUAACCAGCCAAUAAAGUGCAGACAAUACUAACUCUGUGGACUCUGUCUUGAAACUGCAGUCACUGGCAUUCUAGGAAAGCUAUACAGAGCUAUCAGUUAGAAGACGAAUAAUUACAUUUAUUUGUUGGUCUUUGUUGACUGGAGAUGUGUGACUGGUCAGAUCCCAUUUUCAGAAGAGGCCCUGUAAAUCUUUUAUACAUCCCUCAAGCAAUUUUUAACUGGCAUAUACGCCCUAUUAUUCCAAAAGAAUUGCAUCGGUAGCUAAGUGAGAUUCCAAGGCAUUAGCAGCACCUUCCAUGUAAACCAGGCUACAUUAACAGUAACGCUCAUUGAAGACAUUGUACGAGUGCCUCCCUUUGAAUGAUAGCAAUGUAAUUCCAUUUUGCAACAUAUUCGGUAAUAUUUGGAGCUGCUGCUCAAGCUGUAGUUUACACAGCUCAGUGCUAUAAAUGUAUGCAUUUCUUCAGUAGUGGAGACAGACAGCUUUUUAUUCCCUGCACAAUAGUGCCUGUGUGAUUCACAUUUGAUAUACAAGGAAGUAUCUUUUAACACCUGUAAUACUGUACAGCUUUACAAGCCAUGUCCAUAGCUGGACCUCUCAUGUAACAGAAGCAGUAUCGCACACACUGCCACUACUUCAGAUUUGGGAGGAUUGGAUUUGGGGCAGACAUUUCUUCUUUUCUGCUGGGUGGGGUGGCAUUGUUUUUUAACAACUUCUUGUCACCAGCACUGAAGGGAGAUGGGUAUGUGUACCCAAACAGUCCAUGAGAGGUCAUAUAUGUGUUCCUGCAGAGUCCCAAGCAUGAAAGACACUAGUAGAUGACAGCAUAGCCAAUAAAAAAGUAAGCACCCCCCCUAGUCAUGGGAGCAUGUCAUUUGAUUCUUCCUGUUUUUCCAUAGUCUCUUGAGAAAUUAGCAUGAAUUUCUCUCCCUUCCCUAGUAGUAUACAUGCUGAAUAGUUUCCUGAAAUGGGUCAUUUUCAGGGGUUUAAGCAGAUAUUCAGUGAGUGCUAAACUUAAAAUUCUGCUGGUGAUAUAAGCAGAAAUGAAAAGAAAUAUAUGUUAAAUGACAGGUGCAAUGUAUUAAAAGGAAAAAAGCUUUUUAUGCAUGCUAUAUCCACACAUUACUUAUUUACCUUUUUACCAUUUAUGUUGUUAGUGGUACCUGUUAGUGGAAAAACAGGGUUUUUCCAUUCAGUAUAAUUUGUGCCUACUAUAUAGCAUGUGAGUUUAGUAGAAUUACCAAUAUGGCGUUACAGUAUUGUUACUACCUCUUCAUUCACACUAGUAUUGUGGCAGCUUAUUUCCUGUAGUAUACUGUACUAUAUUAUUAUCACAUAUUACGGAAACACAUUGUAUUAGCCAAGAAUGCAUAUGUGGCAGUUCCUGAAUCUUAUAUUAUCAUUUUCAUAUUGGUGCCGUGCUGUAAUUGUCAGUAUAUAUCACUGCAAUUAAUAGACAUUUACCACUCUAAGAUUUCCUUAGUUAUUUGUAAAAGAAAAAAAGUGAAUUUUCUAUUUAAUGGUAACAUUUCAAAAGAAAAAGCAGGCAUGCCAGCUCCUUUUGUCUGCAUAUCAUUAGCUGUAUAUGGUAUUCACACUUCACACUGGCUAAUGAAUGACUGCGGAAAUGCUUCCAGGGCUUGCAUGGUCCUAUGUAGACAUUCGUUAGUAUAUCAGUGCAGCCAUAGCUUUUCCUCUAGAUAGUUGUUUUGCUGAUAUAUUGUUUUUCUAAAAGUUGGAAAAAAAUGUUCGAAGGUAGUCUCCCUGUCCCUGUUCAACUACCUAAACAUUACGUAAUGCUCUUGGGAAGCCAGUAGGCAUAUAUUUUCUCAUUAACUGAGUGUUAUUUAGGAGUCAUUUGCACUCUGCUUUUUUACUGCAUUCUUGUUUUGCUGCCUGUAUUACACACAUGAAAAUAAGGUCUUCUGUUGCUUCUAUUGUGUUACCUUUUUUGAAAUUAAUUGUAUUUUACCAUCUUGAUGAUUUACCUAGUGUUUAUGUGCAUUUCCAUUUUGAAUCUCAUGUUACCUAAAUGUCUUUACUUUUCUCUUUUCACAUGCUUUGAUUCCAUUUUAAAACACAUACUUUUUCAGACUUCUUAAUUUGCCUCUCCAGUGUGUAACACAAUGCAUCCCAUUUCUUAUCUCCUCUUUUAGGCUUUUCUGUUACUUCUCUGAUUCCAUACAAAAUUCCCUUGUGUUAUACUUCACUCUUCUGAAGUUUCAUGCCUUUGUCACUCCCUUUGAUUCAUAGUUGGUUCUCUGUGCAUAUUCUGAAGAGACCCAUUUGAUCUGUAAUGCUUUGCUUUUGUCUAAAUUGCUCUUUAUAAAGAUCACAUUACCAGCUCAUUUCAGUGACAUUUCUGGUGUUUAUAUUCUUUAGAUUUCUGAGGUGGCAUUCAUAAAUGUUACACUUUCUGAAUUUAAAAACAGCCCUACCACAAUGUUUGUGUUGCUUAUUCACUCAGAUAGUUACACUAAGUGUACAAAUAGUCUACACUUUGAGGUAACCUUUAUGAAUCUGGCCUCUUGUCUUUAAUCACUUUCAUAAAUACAAAUAGUGUGAUAUAGGGCAGAAAAAAAUGUGGCCUUGAUCAGGUGACUGAGGUGGGGGAGGGGUGGUGGGGGGGUCUCACAGCCCACACACAGUUUUAUUGCAGAAUUUGUGGCAGACAAGGUGCUCUGCAGGUCUUUGAUGACAGUUGUUGUUGUUGUUGUUGAGUCUUUCGGCUUAUCUC